AUGGAACAUUUAAACGAUGCGAUACAACAAAAACCACAAAAACAGGAGGAUUUCGUCGACGGGAACCGGGUCCUCAUCUCGGAGAUCAGCCCGCAAUACGCUCAACGUCGCAACCUCUUCAACCAGCUCGUCUGGUCCAAAACUCAUAUGGCCGUGAGUAGUAACAACACGUUUUCAGCUUCUUUUCUCUUUUCAGCUUCUCGGGCACAUUGGCUACGUGAUCAGUGCGGAUUCGACGAAGAGGACCGCAGUUGUCCGGGUGUUUUACGUGCUCCCGUCGAGCACCGAAGUGGUUGGAAGUUUCUGGAAGGUUCUAGAAGACCAGCAUUUAUGUUUCAGCUGCAAUAUCAGACCGAAUGGCCGUUCGAAGCACUCGAAUAUCCGUCGAUCGUGGAACAUUCGAAGGGAGAUUUAGUGGCGCUCACUCGCGGAGAUCCGGAGAAAACGACGAUCGGAGUGAUCGCCGGCAAGGAUCUCGUAAACUUUGGAGGCGUCGAAAAGCACCUUGUCUACCUAAAGAACGCAGCGAACACGACGUCGAACCGGGAGAUUCAAGUCGGACAAUCUUCAUACAUUCAUGGAAAUCUUGUGAACUGUUUAGGUGACGGUCGAUGUGAAUCCCGGGCCGUGUGGUGAUCUUUUCCUGCUGCCAAUCUACACCGGACCUCGGCUAUCGAUGAUCAUGCGCGAUCGCGGCGAAUCUAGUGUUCACACGUACAAAGUAAGAUCCAGGACAUCAUACCAUGCAGUCAAUUUGACUUUCACUUUCAGCACACAAUCCACGGCUACUCGACAGAACCCCUGAUGAGUGUCAUCUCGAAUUGGACGGACGACGCGGAGAGCUACGCGAAGCUCGUCGAGACGGUUCGCGCGAAUCCUCAACAAGUGCGAAAUGUGUUCGACGGCGAGCUGCCGCUGUUCCGCGCGGUCGCAGACGAUCUGUGGAGUGUGGUCAAUAUUCUGAUUGCGUUGGGAGCCGACAAAGCGGCCAGGAAUACGGAGGACAAGACGAUCAUCCACGUGGCUGCCGAGAGGUUCGACGAGUUCAUUGAGAGGGGCAGAAUAUGAAAGAAACUUUCAGAGGGCUGGACAAGAUGCUCGAGGGAGUGCUGCUGCUGCUUCCGAACGAGGUGAACCGGCAAUCCGUCGACGGCGACACGCCCCUUCAUCUGGCCGCCCGUCGUGCUCACGCCGCUUGCAUCGACCGUCUUCUGGGCAACAGCGCGUGUCUUCCGUGCGUUCCGAACAACCAGGGAGACACGCCCCUUCACGAGGCGUGCAAACUGCCCGAGUCCGGGAAUAAGGUGCGCUGGCCCUGAGAUUCACGAGCACCGAUCAUUGCAGAAGGCGACUAUCAGCCGCAUCCUGACGAACAGCCGCGCGAACAUCCAUCAGCUGAACAACGCGAACAUGACACCGCUGCAAAUAUCGAUUUUCGAAGGAUACGUCAAGUGCGUUUGUCGUGUUUUCAGCCUACAUUCGGUCACUUUUCAGCACUGUCGAGCAGCUUCUUCUGAUGCGCUCCUCUUAUCGCAAUACGACGACAAAGAGCGGAAUGAGCGCGUUGCACUACGCGGCGAGCUGCGGAAAUGUGAAUGUGGUGAACAAGUUGAUAUCGGUAAGAGUUCAAGAAAGAGUGAAAUUCUACGAUUCGCUCUUUUGCAGCUCGGAUUGGAAGUGCAUCGCCGCGACAAAUUCGGUCGUGGAGUCCUCCAUUACGCCGUCGACAAAUGGACCGGCGAGGCGGAGAAAGAUCGCGUCCGUCUGGCGACCAUUCAGACUCUUGUCAAGGCCGGAGCACCGCCGAACGUGCUGGAUUUGUACGGACAGACGCCGAUGUUUCAGCUGAUAAAGUGGGUCACACAGUAAACCAUUGAAAACAUGCACAUUUGUAGGGAGAUUCUGAAGCACAAUGAGCAGUACCCGAGCACUUUGGUGCCAGUCUGUGCCCAACUCGUUCGGACCAACCUGAACCUCGAUGAGAUGGCCUCCCGACUCCGCCCCAAUUGGCAACUCGCCACCGCGUGUUUCCUCGUCUCCAAUGGAGCUGAUCUCAACAUCAAGUAUUUCAAACUGUUGUAGUUCUUUUCUAGAAUCACUCUUUUUGCAGAGAUCGCAAAGGAGUGAGCGUCGUGGAGAUGUGCGAAGAGUCGAGCCUGCGUCCGAUCAUUGUGCACAUGGCGCAGACGAAGCAACGGACUGGAAUGCCGAUGCUCGCGCUGAGCCAGGACAAGUUCGACGCGGCGGAAGUGACGAUGUGCUCGUUCCUGUGCAUCGACUCGGUGGCCACCGUCAAACUGACGCCGUGCGGACACCGUGUCGCGUGCGUCGAUUGUGCCGAGAAGACGGCGAUCCGGAGGUGUCCGGUGUGCUAUCAGUUCAUUGCGGGCGCCGAGGAUCAGUGUGAGUACACUUUCAGAGGCCCAACAACAAACUAUUUUCUCGUUUUCAGACGGAAAAGCCAUCCAGAUAGGCUCUCGGUGCAGUGAAGCGUCGGAAAUUGAACGGAAAACGACUGAAGUCUCGCCGGAAUUGUACAAAAAGAUUGCGGAGGACGCGGUCCGCGAGGCGAAGAUUACGAUGGAAAAGGAGAAGCAAAAGGAGCUGAAUCUGCUCAAACAGAAGCUCGAGCAGCUCGAACUGGAGACGAGCUGUGCGAUUUGUAUGGACUCGAAGAUUGCCGUCAGUCUAUAAGGACCGCGACGAACACCCAACAAAACAAGAACGAUUUUCAGAUUGUGUUCAACUGCGGACACACGGCAUGCGCCGGUUGCACGCAGAAGCUCAACAAGCAGUGUCACAUUUGCAGAAAGACUAUCGAGACGACGCAGUGCAUUUACUCGUGA